AUGAUCAAGGCGGAAACAUCUGUAAGGUUUAAUAGCCUUUGGAGGACAUUUCGCACAUACAGUUCGAUGGAGUAUUCGGGAAAGAAUAUACGAGACUACUCCAAAUAUGUGAGUAUGAAACCCGUAUCAAAGUUAAGAAAUACGACUUCACCAGAUUUUGUUUCUUCUCCACAUUCGAAAUUGCAGUCUCUUAUUUGGCAAAGGCCAAUUCAAAAUGUAUUGGUUACUAAGAAACCGUGGACUAGCACCACUAGAAAUGCAAUGGUUCAGUUUAUUACGCACCUACACGAUUCAUAUCCUGAAAUGAAUGUCAUUGUUCAACCAGAUGUCUUGGAAGAAAUUGCCCAGGACUUCAGAUCGCGGCCAUCACAGAACCCUAACGAGCCCCAUAUACUUUUCACUGGCGAAGAGGAAGAAAUCGUUUCGAAAGCAGAUCUUCUGGUUACAUUAGGAGGUGACGGAACCAUUUUACGGGGUGUUUCAAUGUUCGGCAACAGACAAGUACCACCAGUUUUGGCCUUCUCACUCGGUACAUUAGGAUUUCUCCUGCCAUUUGACUUUCAAGAACACAAAAAAGUAUUCGAAAAGGUUAUUAGCUCAAGAGCAAAGUGUUUACAUAGAACAAGAUUGGAGUGCCAAUUGGUUAGGAAUGGGGAGAAGAAGGAUAUGAAGAGUUUAGCCACAUCGUUACACGCAAUGAACGAUAUCUUUUUACAUAGAGGUGAUUCUCCACAUCUAGCUAACCUUGACGUUUUCAUUGAUGGUGAGUUUAUGACAAGAACAACAGGUGAUGGGCUGGCUUUUGGGACACCAACAGGGUCCACAGCCUACUCUUUAUCAGCGGGCGGCUCCAUUGUAUCACCUUUAGUACCAUGCAUCUUAUUAACACCAAUCUGUCCCAGAUCGCUUUCAUUUAGACCUCUAAUCUUACCACAUACGUCUCAUAUCAAAGUUAGAAUUGGGUCCAAGAAUUCACAAGGUCCAGCAAAUAACGUGGUCAAAUUAUCGGUCGAUGGUAUACCGCAACCAGAUUUACGUGUUGGAGAUGAAAUUCAUGUGGUUAACGAAGUUGGAACGAUUUAUCUCAAUGGUUCACAAAUUACAAGUACGUCAAACAAAGAAGACGUGAUCCACAGAAAAAGGUCGAUCAAAAAUUCUGGUAUCUACUGCAUAGCAAGAACAGAAAAUGAUUGGACAAGUGGCAUCAACGAGCUUCUUGGUUUCAAUUCAAGCUUCAGAUUCACCCGCCACACUUGA